AGAACGUUGAGCUUGUCCGACGGAACCAGCCGACAGGGGCGAGGAUCUUCUCCUGAAGAUCAUGAGCGAGAGGAAAAAUCUAAUUUUCCUCACAUCACAAACAAUAUCAUCCCACUUUGGUCUCCGAAGACCAGCAGAUCAAACUAUUGCAAUCUUUCGGGCCUGGUCAAGCUGUUCAAGGCGAAAUCCGUAAACCACUUCCAUUUGCGAUCUUAUUCUGAAGUUCAAGCCUCAGCUUAUAUAAAUCCCCUGGCCACACCUGGCCCAAAUUCUAGCCUCAUUUCUGAGUUAUUGAUAUAUCUGUACACAUCAUCAGGCAUAUGGUGCCCCGCAAACGUCAGCGACGACUGUCGAAAAGACAUCAACCCUUGCGAUACACACCGGAGGUCCGAAAUAUCCUAUCCAAAGAGGACCUGACAAGAAACGUACUAUCGAAAGUGGACAGGGAAAGCCGCCUUCCGCCAUCAAAUUCUAGACCCUUGGAGUUUGCUCCAACCAUCCUUCGCCGUUGCACACCGAGCUGCCUCGCGGAGAUCAAGGCGCUUGCCCGACAAGGAGGCCCUGACCUCUCCGAUCUUCGAAGAUACCCCGGCCCUAAAACAGUUGACGGUACCCUGGUAUUCCCCAAGAGGAACUCUCCAGCGGAGAGCGAAACCUAUGGCGGUAGCUUGACGAUGCCGCUGAUUGACAACGGCAUUUAUCCGAUCGAACAUCCGGCCUAUGAUAGGAAAGCCCCAGCGUCACCACAAAACUUGGACGCCAUCAAGCAGAGGCUCUCUCGUCGACGAGCAUCUCUCACCGAGUCAAGCUUCACCGACGCCGACUUCAAACAAUUCAGACAUAUCGAAGCCAAUCAAGCCUAUACCAAGGCCAGUAUUGACACCUUUGUGCUUCCAACCAUAUGGGGCGACAAGGAUCCCAACUAUCGCUUCCGGCUCUGCCAUGGAAGAACCUGCGAUCAUCUCGCCCCUUUUUCCAAGAUUCCUCUCCCCUUUGCAACACCAGAUUACUACCGUGGGGUACGGUAUAAUCAACUGCAUACGGAAGUGCGCGACGAACUCCACAAGCAGAUCAUCCCCUGGCAAGACGAAAUCUACGUGGCGCCAUUCGCACCCAACUUCUUUGUCGAAGUCGGCGAUCCGGAUGAUCCUACCUCUGUGUGCCAUCAGAAGGCUUCGUAUGCGGGCGCCAUUGGAUCCCGGGCCGUGCAAGCUCUUCAGUCGUAUAAUCGAGCCAAGACCGUUUAUGAUGGCCAAGCUUAUACCAUCACCGCGGUCUAUGCUAAUGGCAUGCUGUCCUUAUAUGCGCACCACGUCAUUCCUCAUGUUUCCAGUGCCACGAUCAGCCGCCGUUCUUCUGACUAUAUCAUGACCCAGCUGGGGGCCUGGUCCAUGAUCCAAGAUGCGGCGACUUUUCGAGAGGGUGCGACUGCUUUUCGUAAUGCGUUUGAUUGGACGAGCGAGGAGCUGGGCAAGGUGGUUGAUUUGGCGAAUGAAAUGCAGAGCCUUGGGCCGGAGGAGGUGCCUGUUCGGUGUCAGAGUGUCUAAUGCGUCAGCUGCAAGCAUGUCAGCUGUACCGGGCUCAGUGUCUGGAUACUCAAGACUUCUAGCAGUCUGGGCUUCUCUGGUCCUUGCAUGGAGAUGACAUGUUCGUGGAAGGAUAAGUAAUGAGAUACGACCAUGGGGACUCGUUAGAAUGAAACUGAAUGGUGCACUUCGGCUACAUAUUCAUAGAUACCGGUUCCAGCCCACUUGAAAGGCCUAUAGAAAUUAAAUCCCCAACACGGAAUCCCUGAAACCCAGAAGGUAUGCUUCUAUGAUAAGAAGAUGUAGUUGAUACUUUUCUGUGGCACAACUCCAUUUCAAUGAUCUUGGUCCGUCGAUCAAAGUGAAUGAGAAGAAACUUGGGGAAAGCAAAGAAAUUGCCACCAAGCAAUUUAUACGAAGGUGGCUAGUUAUCUGAACUAGUAUUCGUGGC